AUGGAUAUCCGACAAGCUACUAUCGAUGAUCUUUUAGGAAUGCAGAAUGCUAAUCUGCUCAAUCUCCCGGAAAACUACACUUUCAAAUAUUACCUCUAUCAUGCUCUUACUUGGCCCGAACUUUCUUUUGUCGCUGUUGAUCCUAGAGGGAGAAUAGUGGGAUAUAUCCUAGCGAAAAUGGAUGAAGAUUCUACUGAUGAAGUGAUAGGACAUGUCACUAGUAUAUCAGUAUUACGACCUUAUAGAAGAUUAGGAUUAGCCAACAAGUUGAUGAAACAAUCUCAAGAAGCAAUGGUAGCACAUUACAAAGCGAGUAAAAUCACUUUGCAUGUACGUAAAUCCAACCGGGCGGCCAUCUCCCUUUAUAGGGAUACGUUAGGUUUUGAGGUGUUUACGAUGGAGAAGGGAUAUUAUGCGGAUAACGAAGACGCAUAUGGAAUGAGAUACAUAUUCCCACAAGCUUCAUAA